UCUUCUAGUCGCUGUGGAUUUCGACGUUGCGGACGGUAUUAAACUGAACAUCAUUGAGAUAUACUUGCUUCUAACCUCAAAAUGUGUUAACUAAGGAAAACGGUAAACUGUGAAAAUAUUCUACAGAGAAUAAUGUCCAAUAACUUGAGCUGUAACGAGAGUUCCGUGUUGGUGGAAAGUGGAGAUGAACUCGGUGAUUUGAGGAAACAGGUGGAAAAUUUGUCGGCACAAAAUGAUGCUAUUCGCCAAGAGUUGCACGAAGUGUAUCGCAAAAUGGAGAUCGACGCUUUGAUGCACAAGGAGCUUAAAGAACGGAACAUUCUCCUCGAACAGUCUUUGGCCCUGGAGGAUAAAAAAGUGCAGGAUGCAAGAGAAAAGUUUGCUGCUGAAAAGAACAACUACAUAAAGGAGUUUGAAGAGACGAUCUAUCAGCUGCAGGAAAAAAUAAAGCUAAAGCAAGACAUGCUGGAGAAAGUUAUGGAAGAGCAGAAAAAAUUAGUUACUCCUGUUGAUUCUACUUUUGAGGCUUCAAAGACUACAGAAGAUUUAACUUCACCCCUACUGGAAAAAAUUAGUGAUCUCACGGCUAUUAUAACUGAACGUGACAAGGUUCAACUACAACUUCAGGGCACUGUAACCAGCCUGGAAAAUGAAUGUUGCGAGAUCAAGGAAAUUUUAAAGGUAACGAAGGAACAGCUGGUAGAGACGAGUAAAGUUCUUGAGAAUACUCAAGAUGAACUCUCCAUGUGUAGAGUGGAAUUAAACUCUUUGAAGACUGUGCCACAAAGCGAUGAUCAAAAGGGCAAUUCAAUAUUCGCGGAAGUAGAAGAUCGCCGUCAAAAGAUGUUGAAUGAAAUGAAAGACUUGCGCGCUGCUUACAAAAUUGCCAAGCGAACAAUAACAGAAAAGGAAGCAGAAAUUAAUAGACUUAAUUUUAAAAUUGCCAAAAUAUUAGAAAGUUUCAAGGACGAGGAACCUGAUGAAAAUGAAGAGCUUUUACGAGAAUACAAGAACAGGAUUUCCCACCUAGAGCAGAAGUUAAAAGAGGAACAAAGCAAAGCAACUGACAAACCCAAUACAGAAAUUUUAUCUUCAACGUGCAGUUAUCUAGAGUCACUGUUAAAAACAAAGAAAAUAGAGAUCGAUAAGCUCGAGAAGAAGGUCGAAGACAUGUAUCUCCAUAAUAUCUUUCGAGAGGAAGCUAAAUACAGAGCAGAGAAACAACGUAAAUUCUGGAAGCAAAAAGCAAUGAUUACAGAGACAAAAUUGACUGUGUUAACAAACUACCUGAAAUCUCAUCCAACAACUUCAUCUUCAAAUGUUUUAAAAUAUCUACAAGCUGAAACUGAGUUUAAGGAAUGUGAUCAGGAGAUAGAAAUCUCAAAAGGUAUCGUGCCAAUUACUUCAGAGGAAACCACAUUGCGAAAACUUUCAAAAAAUCAACCACCAUUAACUCAUAUGAAGAAUAAUGCCAAUGUAACCCUAAGAAUGAAUGCAGAAUCUCAUGAAUCCAGUUUUUUGAAUGAAACCAUGAUUGACAUGGAUUUAACAGAACCAAUUCCUUCAUUACGUACAAAUAAUUCUACCUCGAGUAUUGCAUACUCAAACUCAAAACAUUUCACUGAAAAAAUUGACAAUAUUGGAAAGGCAACAAACGAGGAGAUAAAUUCCCAUCCACAGUAUACUACCAAAUUCUACCACAAAUCACAUAUCACAAAGUCUUGUUUGAACCAGAAAACAAUAUCGGAUUUCUCAGAUCGGAAGGACAAAAAAAGUGUCAAUUUCACUGCAGGUACAGUAGAUCCUCCUCAACGCCCUGCCAAAAGAAAUACAGAGCACGGAAAGUCAUACCCCAUGUUAUUCAUAUCCAGUAAACCGAAGGAAUAAUUAAUUUUACUAUAGCAUUAUAUUUUG